AUGAAGCUGGAAUUUGAUGACCAUAAGCACAGCACCUACAUAUUACAAUCUCUGAACGCCCAGAGGCAGAAGAAGGAAUGUUGUGACGUGGUGAUCAAUGUGGGUUCCCAUUCAUUCUCGGCCCAUCAGAACAUCCUAACGGCUGUCAGUCCCUACGUCAAGGACUUAAUCCACAGCUGCAACAUCCAACCCUCAGAUGAACUGUCUGUCACCAUUGACAUUGAUUACAUGAACCCGGUGUCGGUAGAACAGCUGCUGGAAUACUUCUACACGGGUAAGAUUGUUAUUGCUGACAAAAAUGUGGAGGAUCUGUUGAAGGGAGCCAAGUACUUCAUGAUAAAACGGCUCAAGUCCCAUUGUGUAGAGUAUUUGGAACUUGUCCUUGACAGACAAAACUACAUGUACACCCUCAGGUUGGCAGAGACCUAUGACUUAGCUGACCUGGCUGCUACACUGUACAUUUACCUUAAAGACCAAUUCUUCCUUCUAAGUGAAACAAAAGAGUUUGUGGAUUGUCCAUACCACACCCUAUUGAAACUAGUCAAAGAUGAAGACCUUCACACGGCCAAUGAAGAUCAGGUCUUACAGACCAUACUGAGGUGGACUAACCAUAACUUGGAAGACAGGAGGAGCUACUUUCCGAAACUGUUCUCAUACGUCUAUUUGAAUGGUAUAGCUGAUGAGGUCCUCUCAGACAUCAGCAGCACAGAGGCACUGAUCAAGAACAACAACACCUGUAUAUGUGCUAUAGUGGACGUGCUGAGCCACCGCAAGCAGGAAAACCUGACCAGUCUCUCUUACUUCCAACGAAAAGGAGCUCUGCUGGAUGUGGUUCUCGUUCUCGGGGGUCAAAGCUCCGACGGCACUUUCCGCAACGCGAUCUAUGCCUACGUCAUUGAUGAGAACAAAUGGAUUAAAGUUGCUGCGAUGCCAUAUCGAGCUGCAGCACUAGGUGCCAUCUGCACAAGGAAGUACCUGUACGUGACAGGGGGCACCAACGAGCAAAAUGCCAGUCUGAAGGCAGCGUGGAGGUACGACCUGGACAAAAGUACUUGGAGCAAACUGCCAGAUCUCCCACUGGGGCUGGUCUUUCAUUCUAUGAUAUCGUGCAAUGGCAUAGUGUACACAGUGGGGGGAAGUGUGGCACCGAGGAAGUACAUCUCCACCAUUUAUAGGUAUGACGAAAAGAAGGAGAAAUGGACUUCAGUUGGAAGGAUGAGUGUUCCCAUGGACUGUGCUGAGGUUGUGACCAAAGGGGACAGAUACAUCUACAUAGCAACUGGGAGGUGCAUGAUUAAUGACCGGAUUUCCAGGGUCGGAGUUGUGGACUGUUUCGACACCAUAACAGGGGAGGUAAAGCAAAGCUUGACAUUCCCCAUUGAGUUCAAACACAGACCAGUUGUUUCCUUCCAUGGGGACAUGACCCUCAUCGUGCAGAGUCACAAGCACACCAUCGAGGUGAGCUUACAGAAAUUCAAAGUGAAUAAAACACCCAAGCGAAUCCCCUUGCUCCCCAACGCAACCAAAUUGGAGGUGUGCCAUGCCAUGUGCCUUAUCAGAGACAUGGUGUUUGUCUGCGGGGGAACAUCUGCUACAGACGAUGGCAAUGUUAAAGAAUACUCCGUCAACAAAAAUGCCUACCUAUUAGAGACAAAAAUAGGAGUAUGGAAUGAGGUGGCGAAGCCUUCUGAAGCUCUGGAAAGUUCCGCCUGCUGCAGAAGCAAACUUCAAUGCAAGUUCAUUCAGAAGCCAGAAAAAUCUCUCCCUAAACCAAAGCCUGAUCACUAA